UUCUAGACAGCGAAGGGGGUUUUCCACAAGAUAUAACCCUUUAAUUUAACUGAAAAUCCUAGCCGGAAGAUUUACUAUUUCAAAAAGAACUUUCCAGAGACGUUGAAUAAGUAAUGAAUUAAAAUAUGACACCGGCAGUAAUUUAUUAUUAAUCAUUAGAAAAAAAAGUCACCAAUCGGUUGGAACACUAACCGAAACUUGACCCCCACCAGUACGUUCUGGAACUACGAUCAGCAUGGAAGUGGUAAGCAGGCUGUGGAACCGUUUCCGCUGGCGGGUCACCGCCUACUACCGCACGCUGUCCCGGGACUUUGACUACUCGACGGACUUCUUCUUCGGGCUGGACUUUCUGCUGGCCGUCGUGGGAGCCCGGUUAAAGUCCGGCCACAGCGGGAAGGUUCGCCGCUGGUGGACCGUGUACCGGUGGGCGAUCUAUCUGCCGGUGCUGGUGGCGUUCCGGAACACGGUGCUCAACAUUUACCGGCGGGAACGGUUGGAGAUUAUUCUGAGCUGUCUGCAGGUGGUGAUCGCUUGUGCGGUGACGUUUCUGCGGAUGUUCAUCGUUCUGCGGCACUACGGGCCGUUGAUGCGAGUUCGACGGUAUCUGAACCGAAGGGAAUUUGGGAGGAUAUUGGGGUCUUCGCUGGGGAUUCGUAGUCGAGCGUUUUACCACAUUCGGAGGAUUGUGAUACCUUCGGUGGCGAUCAUGUGCUGUGUUUUUACGAGCAUUCUUGCGCUGGACAUAUCGCAACAUCAUUACCUGAAGUUGCCGUUUCAAAUUGAUCUGCAUUUCUUGCAGAAGUUUUGCGAAAAAUUGGUGUACUUUGUGGGAUUCGGAGUGGCCAUGAUGAUCGUUCUGGUUUAUUUGGUCAUUUACACAGUUGUCACCGGAUUGACAGCCGAGGUGGAAGUCAUCGCACUAACGUUCGCAGCGAUUUUCGACAACGUCGAAGUGGAAAUUUCCAGGCCGAAGGCCGAAUCCAACUUUUGCAAAUUCGCCCAAAUUGAGUUCAACAAAUGCGUCCAAAUUCACGCCGAGUUCCUGGCGGUGCUGGACCAGGUCAGACCUCUGUUGAACGUCAGCUUUUUGAUUGUUUACUACUCAACGGCGCUGAACCUGGCCAGUGGUGCCAUCUACCUGUCCCAGAUGAAAAGCGUCACGAUGUUCUCGCUGCAGACGCUGUACUACUGCGUUUGGGCAGCCUUGGAGUGUUGCUCGCUGACGCGGAUGGUGAGCCUGCUUACCGAGGCGAGCGAAUCCAUCUCCCGGGAAGUGUACAACCUGAACUGGCCCGAGAAGCUCGAAUGGGAUGAUCAGUUCCAGGAAGAGUACCGCGCGGUUCGAAAUACCAUGGCCACCGUGAUGACGGUGGCGCAGCAAGCCUUGCGUUUGAACUGCUUUGGCUUCUUCGAGUUCACCCAGGAUCGGUUCUACGAGCUGCUCAACAUGGCCUACUCCUUGUUUGCGUUUUUCAACGAUUUUGUCUAAAUGUUUCGAGAUGUAAUUUAAAUAUGAAAUUUAACUUAAAUAUUGAAGAUAAGAUUGUUACUAGUGAUAAAUUUAAAAAAAAAGUUUUAGU